GCGCGCGCCCGGUGACGGAGCCCAGCUUCGGCCGCCGGACUCCCGGCCCUCGUCGUCCCGCCUGGCUCCUGUCGGACGCCUUUGUCUGCCCCUCUCCAGCCCGCGCCCGGUCUCGGCGCCCACGCCGCGGAAUCCGGGCCCGGAGGACGCGCCGCGCAGGGAGCCUCGGACCGGGGAUGAGGAAAUUGAGACACAGAUGAUUUGAACUAGGUAAUACCUUAUUGGUAGAACCAGGAGGUACAGUUGGAUGGUUUCACGUCAGAAUCUAUACUCGUAACUACUACACUGUACAGAUCCUUCAAUAAGCUUCAAAAGAUGAGUCGUGGGUAUCCAGAAAACAAUAAUUUCCUGAAUAAUAAUAACCAAAUGGUAUUGGAUAUGAUCCUUUAUCCAUUAAUUGGAAUCCCUCAGACCAUCAACUGGGAAACUGUGGCAAGGCUUGUGCCUGGAUUGACACCCAAAGAGUGUGCAAAACGGUUUGAUGAGCUGAGGAGCAGCGGAAGCUCGCCUGUUGACAACCAGUAUAACCCCUUAAUGGCGGCUGGGGAGGGUCCUGUUGAGUCUUUAGCCACUUACAUUAAAUCUUCACUUCUGGAAACACAAGCAGAUUUUCAAGAGACUCCAGUUGAUCAAGAUACAGUUUCCAAAGCAGGAAGACAUAGUAUAGCUUCCACAAGGGCUUGCUCUUCAGAAAGAGAAAAUUGUACUCCUCGUAAUGCUGGAGAAAAGACUGAAGAAUCUGAAGGGCCAAACAUGGUGAUCCACGUAUGUGAUGAAGCAAAAAACUUGAAAGAAGAUUUUAUUUGCCCACGAGAUCUUUUGAUAUCAGAAAUGAAGUACUUUGCUGAAUACUUAUCUAUGGAUGCCCAGCGCUGGGAAGAGGUGGACAUUUCAGUUCAUUGUGAUGUUCACAUUUUCAACUGGUUGAUAAAAUAUGUUAAAAGGAACAUUAAGGAGAAUAAAGAUUGUGAGAUUCCCACUUUAGAGCCAGGAAAUGUCAUUUCAAUUCUUAUUUCUUCAGAGUUCUUGAAGAUGGAUUCAUUAGUUGAACAAUGUAUUCAGUAUUGCCAUAGAAAUAUGAAUGCCAUAGUAGCUGCUCCAUGCAACAUGAACUGUAUCAAUGCAAACCUCCUUACACGCAUAGCUGAUCUGUUCACACACAAUGAAAUUGAUGACCUAAAAGACAAAAAAGAUAAGUUUAGGAGUAAACUUUUUUGUAAGAAGAUUGAAAGACUGUUUGAUCCUGAGUACUUCAAUCCAGAUUCUCGAAACAAUGCAGCAACAUUAUAUAGAUGCUGUUUGUGUAAGAAACUUUUAACCAGAGAAACAGAAAGAAGAAUUCCUUGCAUCCCUGGAAAAAUCAAUGUGGAUCGACAUGGAAAUAUUGUCUACAUCCACAUAAGAGAUAAAACCUGGGAUGUACACGAGUAUUUGAAUAGUCUUUUUGAAGAAUUAAAAUCUUGGAGAGACGUGUACUGGCGCUUGUGGGGAACGAUCAACUGGCUGACUUGCUCAAGGUGUUACCAGGCUUUUCUCUGCACUGAAUUCUCGCAUUGUCAGUAUCACACAGAAAUGGUAGUUUAUUCCACCACAAUAAGUUCACUGAGCACUGUGGGCACUGGAAUUUAUCCCUGCUGUAACCAGAAGGUUCUUCGAUUUGAUCCCACUCAGCUCAAAAAGGGCUGUAAAGUGAGGGACCACAUGGUUAUUCUUCAUGAUGAAGGAGAAAAUGAUGAUUCACUUUCUUGUCCAACUGCUAGAAUAUUGGACGAUCUACACAAGCACAGAGAUGUCGUUGUUGUGCCUUUUUGUAAAGAUGCAGUGAGUGACCCUGGGCUUGGCUCCAGUGAUGAAAAGGGCCUGGAAUAUGACGUUUUACUGGAACCAAAUACACCAUGGGGCCCCCAAACUGGGGAGCUCAAUGCUUUUCUGUCAUUGAAAAACUGGACUCUGCAGUUGAAACAGCAGUCAUUAUUUUCAGAGGAGGAAGAGUACACCACCGGGUCAGAAGUCACUGAAGACGAAGUCGGUGAUGAAGAAGAAGUGGCCAAGAAACAAAGGAAAAGGGAAAAGCCAAAGAAGUUUACUAAGCAACCAAAAAAGCAGCUGUCUUCACCCUGUUCUCAAAAGAAAGAAAAGGCACUGGAGAAGUCAACUUCCAGAGAUGUGUCUCCUUUCGUUGUGAGCAUGCAGAAGAAUAAGUGGGAUGCCACAAGAUCCUUGAGAUUCAACCAGGAUGCACAAAGAGAAGAUGAUCAGCGGCGGAUGUCUGAAAUAACAGGGCACCUAAUAAAAAUGAGAUUGGGUGACCUGGACCGAGUCAAGUCAAAGGAAUCAAAAGAAUUUGCUGGAGGUAUUUAUUCUAGGCUUGAAGCGCAAGUCAGAGCCUUGGCCACACCUGGCAGCGCCCGGCAGAACAGCUCAGACAAAACCCCCAGGUCUAAAAGCCGUUUUGGUCAAGGGCGUCCUGCAUAAAGCACCCUAAAAUAUAAAAAGAGAGAAGGCACACUCCUGGACAUCUGCAAUUGUGCAUUUCCUGAAGACCUUCAAAACAAUGACUUCUAGGUGUUUUAUUAGUUAUCCCUGCAAACCACUUAAAUCAUGCUGAGACACAUGUAUAGUCAGGCUUCAUUCAAAUCUAACUGUAAAUACACAUUUUUAAUAUAAACUUCUCUUUGUAUAAUUUUAGGCUGUGAAGAAAAUAAUUACAAACUUUGCAUAGUUAAGAUUCCUAAUAUUUGUUACCCUUUAUUUAUUUGAAAGAGAAGAUGCCUAAAUUGUCAGAUGACUGAGUUUUGGUAAGACUUUACGAAAUUAAGGGACAUGAUUGAUAGUGUUUCUGUGCAUGUAUGCUGAUCACCAUAUGUUUGGGACUGUUGAGUCUUAGGUGUAGCAUUGAAAAAUGAAUUUUGUAGGAUGAAAUGUCCAGUGUUGCUAAAUGUAGGUUUGUGUGAAUGUUAAAGCAUGACGGAUCUCUAAGCUGCAUUGAUAGUGUCAAGGUGAAGUUACUCCAGUAGCAUGUCGGUCUAGAAGGGUUCAUCUCUUCAGGGUUAUUACGUGGACAGAAACUUUUGUUUCUUUCAGUGUUUCAUGCUUCUCUGUUGGUCAUCUGGGCCUGAAUUACUGGCCAUUAGUUUCUCCUCUGUGAAGCUAGUGGCGGUCUGAAUUUCCUCCAACAGCCUGGGAUGGUUUAGGGUAGAACCAUUAGAGUCCUGUGACAGCUACCUGUACCCAUCCAUUCCAUCUCCAACCCGUCCAUUCUCUAAACCUAUUUCAACACCCCUAAAAAUUACAACUGCUAGUUGCUUUACAUGUGUCUUAAAAUCCCAGAUAGAUUAGAGGGCUGGAAAUUUUAUACAUUCAAGGAAAAUAAAACAAAACUAUUUUAUAGAUCAUGUUUUAAUUUUUUUCUAAUCAGAUACAUAGCGUGCCAAGGGAAAUUUUGUUUCAGGCUGUAAGCAUGUACUAAAUUAUGUGUUUGGAAAUUAUUUAUAGAUCUCUGAAAACCAUAAGGUGCACACGAUUUCUACUUUCAGUUUCCCUUUGCCUUUUGGUUCCUGUCUCAAAUUAUUCAGCGAACAAGCCUUGAUGAUAUGUAACAGGACAGCAGUUUUAAAAGAAAAGUUCAAAUCUUAGACUCAGUUUAUACAAAAAGAAAUUAUAAUUUUUAAUGUAUCUCUUAGUUGCUAUAUGAAGCUCAAUUAUUUGAUUAUGUUUUUAAUGUCUGGAUUUUAUUUUAUAUAUAUGCUUUUCAGUUGUCUGACACUGUGGAAAUUGCUUAUACCAUAUUUAUUUUUAAAAAGUGUUUCUUAGUAUACAUGUGUGAGUCUCAUUAGUCAGCCUUUCUGUUGGCUCCUGGUUCUUUAACAGAGGAUUUGGAUGUACUUGUAUAAAGAGGUCUGUUGGAAUCAUUGUAAUCAGGAGGAAAUCUGCUCUUCCGGUUGUUCCUCAUGAUAAAGUAUACAUGCUUUUUCCCUGAGGGGACUGAUACUGAUUGAUGCUGACAAACCAGACCUUAUUACAAUCUGACUCUAUACAGAAUAUGUUUUGUUGUUUGUGUCUGUCUGUGAUACAUGGGCAGGCAUUUCUUCUGCCACGUACAUUAAGGAUUUCCUUACAUUAAUCCUGAGUUUAUACGUCUUUAAUUGAAAUAAAGGGUAAUGUCAAAAACUGUGGGGAAAGUC